AUGGUGAGUGACAUCUACGCGACGGCAGCCUCUGCGAUAUCUUCGGCGUGCGACGAGGCCUACCAAAGAUAUCCCGCUGACCUCAGAACAGCGACCAAGGCUGAUGUCGAGGCGCACUUCAACACCCAUGGCACCGGAGAGAUCACUGAGAUCAAGCUCAUGAAUGGUUUCGGAUUCAUCGAGUAUAAGGAUGCGAUGGAUGCUCGCGAUGUGGUUCCCGGUAUGACCGCACAACAACUCCAAGCCUUCCACGGCUCGGACUUCAUGGGCGAGCGCUUGACCGUUCAGUUUGCUCGCGGUACCCGCAACCGCGAUACCUUUGCUGCUUCUGAGCGCACCGCGCCGCGUCCCAGACGUACCCCCCAUCGCAUGCAAAUCUCUGGACUUCCUGGUGAGACCAGCUGGCAGGAUCUGAAAGACUUCGCUCGUCAAUCCAGCCUCGACGUCGUGUACUCCGAGACCGGCCGUGAUCGGGAUGGCAAGGGCAGCUUUGUUGAGUUCGAGACUGCUCUGGAUCUUAAAACUGCGGUAGAGAAGCUUGACGGCCGUGAGUUCAAGGGAGUCCGGGUCACUUGUAUCGCCGAUACCCAACCGGAUAUCCCCCGUGACAGAGGUCGAUCGCGCUCUCCAAUUCCGCGUCGGGCUCACCUUGUUGAUGACUAUGAUCGUCGUGGACCACCAUCCCGUGGAUACAGCCCCCGACGGGAUACCUACCGUGAAAGAAGCCCCCCGCGCCGUGGUGGCUACUAUGAGGAUGAUCGCCGUGGAUACCGUUCCCCCCCAAGAGCUCGUGGUCCCGUUGAUGACUAUCCACCUCCCCGUGGCCGAUUCGAGGAUCCCUACCGCCGUGACUACCCACCUGAUCCAUAUGUCAAUGGCAGAGCUCCUUAUGAUCGUCCUCCACCAAGAGACUACCCCCCAAGAGAUGCUCCUUAUGAUUAUGAGAGACCUCGCCCCCGCUAUUGGUACGUUUGCCCCUAG